CUGUAUGAUAUUGUAGUGUUGGGUCAAACAAGAUCGAGGACUGGGACUUUGUGUGUUCUGUGUUGAACUUGCAAGGGGAAUGGGAUUAUCGUUUCUGUGGAGUAACAGCCUGAAACAAAGAAACUGAAAUAUUAUUAUCUCAGUUAAGUCCUGCGGGCGUUGGGAGUUAUGAUUCAGACAUAUAAGGGAGAAAAAUGAGAAGCCCCCACAAUAAUGGAAGUCCGAGUUUAUUCGCACUGGGUUCCUGUCUGAGUCCUGAAAAUAAAGAGCUUCACAAAGAAUCCACAUGGAGAGUACAGAUGGUCAUGGGUUAGGAAUCGGAAGAGUUACAAACCUGGCAGACUACACUUUUCAGCGCAAUCUUCACCACAAGAACAUGGCACAUUGACAGCUGUUUCAUCUUACAGGGCAGAGGACAGCAGCAUGAUAGCAACUGGGGGUGUAAUAACAGGGCUGGCAGCCUUAAAGAGGCAGGACUCGGCCAGAUCCCAGCACCAUCUGCCUUUGCCUACACCACCCUCUCCGCAGGAGAAAAAGAGAGCAAAGCGGAAGCCCCGGGCAGAUGUGGUGGUUGUUAGGGGCAAGAUCAGAUUAAACUCCCCUUCUGGGUUUUUUCUUAUUCUUGGGAUAUUGAUCUCAAUGAUCGGGAUUGCAAUGGCAAUGCUUGGUUACUGGCCCCAAAAGGAGCAUGUCUUAACAGCAGAAUCAAAACUAUCAACUAAAGACACACAAGUUACACGUGACCAUGGCGGGAUGGUGGCUCAGUUUUUUGAGCAGCACUUGCAUUCUGAAAAAAUGAAAAUGCUGGGACCUUUCACCAUGGGCAUCGGCAUCUUUAUUUUUAUUUGUGCUAAUGCCUUACUACACGAGAACAGAGACAAGGAGACCAAAGUGAUACACAUGAGAGAUAUCUACUCCACUGUUAUUGACAUACACAGCCUGAGGAUCAAAGAACAGAAGUGCAUGAAUGGGGCCUUCACUGGUCCAAUUGGGGAAUCCGAGAUGAAAAAGUAUGAGAACCAAUGUGCUUCGAAGUUAGCUGCUAAUACUCUGUUGACUUUCUCUGACCUUGGUAAUGAUGUCAGAGUGACACGGCGAGAGAGCUCUAUUGAGGAUUAUGGUUUAUCUGAUGAACCCAAGGGAGGCUCAAACCUCCUACUUCCAAUACGCAAAGAAGGAUCUGGUUCUAUCUUUGGCCUCCAGACAGCAAGCAGCAGGCUAAAAGAUGACAAAAAUGUUAACUCUAAAAAAUGUGAAACCAAGUCUAUUGUCUCCUCUUCAAUUAGCGCUUUCACACUUCCUGUAAUUAAACUGAAUAACUGUGUGAUUGAUGAGCCUGAUAUAGAUAACAUAACAGAGGACUCUGAGUUCAGCAGAGGUAAAUCUCGACAGCCUUCCAUGGAUUCCCUAGCAGUUCCUUCAAUGGAUAUCACUGAAACAUACAAACCUCCCAGCCCUAUGCUUCUAAUGAGCAGUUCAGCUAUAGAGUCCCCUACCUUCUUAUCCCUCUCUCCAGGAUCAGCAAGUGGGACAUACUUAUCGCCUGGAGCUGCCCGGAAAGAUUUUGGUUCCAACGCUUCCCUCCACAUGCUAUCUGCCCAUUCCAAAUCCUUAGAUUUAGAUAGAGGACCUUCCAUGUUAACUGUUCAGCCUGAACAAAGGAAACAUCCAAGCUGGCCAAGACUGGACCGCAGCAACAGCAAAGGAUACACAAAACUCGAGGAUAAUGAGGAUCCAAUGGACAGAUUGCUGGUCCCACAGACAUCAAACAAAAGGGAUUAUACUAAAAAGGAAAAACUGCUUAUGAUCUCAAGGUCUCACAAUAAUCUGUGUUUUGAACAUGAUGAAUUUAUGAGCAACACCUUAAAGCGAGGGACAUCGGAAACAAGAUUCUAAAUGUAUCUUUUUUUUUUUUUUUUUAAAUGCACAUGUCUGUCGUGAUCAAAGUUUAUAGAAAACUAAUGUUUGCAAUAAUGUGGGUGUCCUGAAUGGUAAAGUUUACUAGUUUGUGGCUUAGGUGGUGUAAGCUAAUGUUUGCAUAAAAACUGUGAAACUCAAAACAUAUCUGUGUAUCUAGGCCAUAAUCAGGUAUAGCAAGAGGAAACCCAAGGAAUCAAGGUUUGAAACAGAUAAGAAUGUGUAAAAUAGAUAUAGCUACAUUUAAAAAAAAAAAAAAAAAGAAAGAAAGAAAGAAAAAAAUGGUAAAACCUGGAAUGGACAUUACUUAGGAAGUUUUAUUUUAUGAAAUCUGGGUUAUGAAAUGUGUAUCUAAGGAUAGCUAUAGAACUUAUAUGGUUGAUCUUGGCUUGAGUUUGUCACAGUGGUCUACCUUUUCAUAUAUAAAGGGUUAUUUAUAUCCCAGACAGGACCUUGUGUUUUUAAUAUAAAAUGUACUUGGUCUUUUUGCUAGAAGGCCAUUGUGUAAGAUGGUUUGCUAAGUUCAGCUUGGUAUUGAUGGAGCUAUUUGAUAAUAAGAAGCUAGUUAUCCUCAUAUCAGAGAUGUACUGGGUUAUAAAUACAUAUGUAUGCAGUAUAUCCAAAGAAUAUACCCCUACACUGCUGCCAUAAAUGACUUAUGCUUUUAUAUUUUAAUGUGCACUUCAAGCUAAAAUGUAGGUUAUUUACAUUACAUGACAUGUUAGUAAAAUAAAAUUAAAAUAAUAAUCAAUUAUGCAGUACAGUAGGGUGGAUGCAUAAAGCAAGGUAUUCAAAAUAUUGACUAGCGUACCAUCAACAAACUGGUAAAUCUUUAGCCUGAAUCUAUAAACAAAGGUUAGUCUUCAGGAUGUCAUUCACGUGGACUCUUUCAUUAUAAGAGUUGUCAUUUGUUCUGGUAUCUUGUUUCCUUCUGUCAUUGUUAAUUGACUUUCUAGCAGUCCCGUGUGAGAUCAGUGCUCAGGUUUUUUUUUACUUUUUUGACCCACACAGUAAGCUGAGAUUAAAAUGUUUAAUGUUUACUUCACAUUGUUAAAAAUAUUGGGGGGGGGAUUGUAAUUUUCCAAAUAGCAGUAAAUGUUAACACGCUAAUUACAAAGACUGGAACGUUACUCAUGUUUUAUGUGUCAAGAGCAGUAUUACUGUUUGUGGGGAUGUAUGCAUAUUUGUUGUUUAAACUUUGAGUCUGUAUACUGUAACAGAGUUGGCUAGAUAUUUUGCUAUGGAGCUUUUAAUAAUUCUAUCAGUUGUUAUUGAUAUACAUUGCUAUUUUUGAAAUAAGUUGAAAAACAGUCUAUAAUGUACAUGUUUCUCAAAUGAAAUAUAAUUUGCAGUUACAAAAAAAUAAAAAAUAAAAAACUUUUGUAAAUGUAUUUAUGGAAACAAGUGAGUCUAUAUAAAAAUCACUACACAGCAUUUUCAGGAAGUUGGGUACUGUUUAAGCGAGGCAUUUCAGUGCCAUUAGAUUCUGGUUCACUCUACACCUGCAGUUUAU